AUGGAAAACAUUAUUGUUUUACAGAAUGAUAAUAUGGAGCAACAAACCAUGCCACCUUUGACAACUUCGACCAAUACGACUUCGCAAGCUUCUCAUUCAUCAUUUGUUUCAUUACCUACCAUUACCAAUUCAUUUACCAACAACAUCGUUCCAGUGACGAAUUUUUUUCCCUCGACACAAUCACCUUUAUCUUUAACCACGUUACCUACAUCAAUAAACCCAACAAUAUCAGUACUUCAGCAAGUAGAAGAUACUAAUCAACAUCUUAAAGAAGUCGUAGUGCAUGAAGGGCAAAUAAUGUGGGCAUGUAAAUUUCCAAAAUGUUGGACAUUAUUCAAAUCACAGAACAGUUUAAAUAAUCACAUCAGACGAUAUCAUAUGCAAACAAAUCAAGACAAUACUUUUGGAAACGUGUCUGUUUCCGGCGCUAAUAGUAAGAGAAGAGAAAAAUCAACACCAAUGUAUCAGUGUGAUGUAACUGGAUGUGUACGAUCAUUUUCAUUAUCGUCGAGUUUGGAAAAACAUAAAGAAUCUCAUGAAAAACAAAUCAUUAAUUUACCUACUAUAGAUAAAGCAUUUAAAUGUGAUGAGAUCGGUUGUACAAAGUCUUUUGAUAAAUUUAAACAUUUGGUUGCUCAUUAUAGAAAACAUUCCAAAGAUAAAACAUUUAAUUGUAAUGAACUUGGUUGUGAUAAGAAAUUUUUUCAUCCAGAUAGUUUAGCUAGACAUAUGUUUAAAACUCAUAAGAAGAUGAGUGAUGGUACUGCAAUUAAAUUUAAAUGUAAAUAUGAAGAUUGUGGUAAAGAAUUUAAAUCUACUUAUCAUUGGAAAAAGCAUAACAUGACUCAUCCUCAUUCUAACUUUGAAGAUGGGAUUGUUGAAGAUGAACAAAGAUCUCAAGAGAUUUUAUAA